ACUGGCUUAACCUCCUUAAUAAUUCAGAGGGCUUAUUAUCUCCAGGAGGAACCUGGUGGUAUCGCUUUCUUGCAAAACGCCCUUGAAACUUCCUGAGAAUGCCUGUGUGCUUCACUGCUGGCGACCAGCCCCAGCUCCUCACAUCCUGCCGAGCAACAGAGGAGAAGACAUGGCAGAAAUGCGUCUCCAAGCCCUCAAAGACCGUUCUGGCUUGGGGAAUGAUGUGUUUGGUCCACAGAGCCCACAAGGGGCUGAAGAUUGCAGAUCAGAGAGGGAUGUUAGUGCAUGUGAAGACACACAGCACCUGGAAACAGCUGAUCUCUCAUCCCUGCUUCCUACGGCCCCCUGGGACGCUCAGGAGGGCUUGUCUCCAUGCCACCUGCUGACAGUGAGGAUCAUCCGGAUGAAAAAUGUCCGCCAGGCAGAUGUGUUGAGUCAGACAGACUGCUUUGUGAGCCUCUGGCUGCCCACCGCCUCUCACGAGAAACUGAGAACAAAGACCAUCUCCAACUGCCCAAACCCAGAGUGGAAUGAAGCCUUCAACUUUCAGAUCCAAAGCAAAGUGAAGAACGUUUUGGAGCUGAGUGUUUGCGAUGAAGACCAGGUGACAGCAGACGACCAUCUCUUGACUGUUCUCUAUGACCUCACCAAGCUCUGCUUCCGAAAGAAAACCCAUGUCAAGUUCCCGCUCAACCCAGAGGGCAUGGAAGAGCUGGAGGUGGAAUUCCUGCUGGAGGAGAGUUUCUCUGCGCGUGAGAGCCUCAUCACCAAUGGCGUUCUGGUGGCCCGACAAAUCUCCUGCUUGGAGGUGCACGCAGAAGCCAGGCGUCGUCGGAGGAAGGGUGGGAGAAAGAAAGACCUCUUGGUGACAGUGACCGAGUCCUUUGAACACACCCAGUGCAUCUCCCCCUGCCUGAAGCCCUGCUGCCCACACCCUGCCUGCUUCCACUACCCCACGUUCUUCCGGUCCCAGCUGCACGCAGAGCAGCCCAAGAGGCCUGGGUGCUGUGGGCUCUGCUGCUGCCGCUUGCACCAGAGGACCGGCCCCUUCUGCCAGCCCCUGGAUGGCCUUCCCAGCGGCCAGCCUCUGACCCUGCCUGUGGGUGAGGACUGUGAAUUACAUAUGAAGUCUACAGACUGCCCCGAGGUGCUGGAUGUGCGGCUGGGCUACAGUCUGUGCCAGGCUGAGCUGGAGUUCCUGGAGAAGCGGAGAGUGGUGGUCGCCGAGGCGCUGAAGCAGGUGCUGCAGCUGGAGGAGGACCUACAGCCAGACGAGGUCCCCCUGAUAGCCAUCAUGGCCACGGGCGGCGGGACAAGGUCCAUGACCUCCAUGUACGGCCAUCUGCUGGGCCUGCAGAAGCUGAACCUCCUCAACUGCUCCAGCUACAUCACUGGCCUGUCAGGGGCCACCUGGACCAUGGCGACCUUGUAUCAAGACCCAGACUGGUCCUCCAAGAGCCUGGAGCCAGCCAUCUUCGAGGCCCGGAGGCACGUGGUCAAGGACAAGCUGCCAGCUCUGUUCCCAGACCAGCUCUGUAAACACAAGGAGGAACUCGACAAGCGCAGCCAGGAAGGCUACAAGGUCACCUUCACCGACUUCUGGGGCCUGCUGCUUGAGGCCUGUCUAGGGGACAAGAGAAAUGACGGCAAACUGUCGGAACAGCAAGCUGCUCUGUGCCGGGGCCAGAACCCCAUGCCCAUCUACCUCACCAUCAAUGUCAAGGAUGAUGUAAGCAACCAGGAUUUCAGAGAAUGGUGCGAGUUCUCCCCCUACGAGGUAGGCCUGCAGAAGUACGGUGCCUUCAUCCCCACCGAGCUCUUCGGCUCCGAGUUCUACAUGGGGCGGCUGAUGAAGAGGAUCCCUGAGUCACGAAUGUGCUACAUGAUAGGUUUGUGGAGCAGCAUCUUCUCCUUGAACCUGCUGGAUGCCUGGAAUCUGUCCCAUACCUCAGAGGAGUUUUUCCACAGGUGGACGAGGGACAGAGUGCACGAUAUCGAAGACGAGCCUCUGCUGCCUGAGAUCCCCAAAUGUGAUGCCAACAUGCUGGAGACCACGGUGGUGGUCCCAGGGUCGUGGCUGUCCAAAACUUUGCGGGAAAUCCUCACCUACCGCUCCUUUGUGUCGGAGUUCCACAACUUCCUGCGGGGCCUGCAGCUGCACACCGACUACCUCCAGAACGGCCAGUUCUCCAAGUGGAAGGACACGGUGUUCGAUGGCUUCCCAAACCAGCUGACGGAGUCCGUGAGCCACUUGUGCCUGCUGGACACCGCGUUCUUCGUCAACUCCAGCUACCCGCCCCUCCUGCGGCCCGAGAGGAAGGCCGAUCUCAUCAUCCACCUCAAUUACUCCGCAGGCUCGCAGACCAAGCCCAUGAAGCAGACCUGCGAGUACUGCUGUGUGCAGAACAUCCCCUUCCCCAGAUACACCUUGGAGGGUGAAGAAGACAAUCUAAAGGAAUGCUACCUGAUGGAGAACCCCGAGGAAAUCGAUGCCCCCAUCGUGAUUUUCUUCCCGCUCAUCAACGACACCUUCGAGAAGUACAAGGCCCCGGGUGUGGAACGAAGCCCCGAAGAGUUGGAGCAGGGCCAGGUGGACAUUUAUGGUCCCAAGACCCCCUAUACCACCAAGGAAUUGACCUACACGGAAGCCGCCUUUGACAAGCUGGUAAAGCUCUCCGAGUACAACAUCCUGAACAACAAGGACAAGCUCCUUCAGGCUCUGCGCCUGGCAGUAGAGAAGAAACGCCUGAAGAGUUCAUGUUCCUCUAGCCCAGAGGAACCUCCCCGAGCCUGAGUCUGCUUCCGUGAUCAGAGGCACGCAGCCCAGCAGGCUAUGCAGUCCACUGGCAAAGGGUGCAGACAGGCUGACCUGGGCUUUCUGCCCACAAUUUUACAUUCAAAAGAAAAUGUGAGGGAGACAGAGAGAGAAAGGAAAGGAAAAUAAAUAAUAAUACUAAUAACUAACAAGGGAAUACAUUGGGUUUCAUACCCACAGGAUUAUUUUGUAAAACCUUCCAGGCAGGGAACUGGGUCUGAUAGCUACAGGCUCUCACAAAUACCUAAAGUGUAGAGAGUUCAAUCCCAGCCUGAGAAGGAGGCUGGUGGGCUAGAUAUUUUGAACUCAGAGUUGGAAACAAGCGGUCCCUGUACCUUCUCUCUGCCUCAUUGGAUGGAGGGAUGACUAGAGGCUCUGAUGAGAAGCCUUCUGGAUUUCUCUGGGGGGAAAGCACAACAAUAACUUUUUAAUUCAAGGAGAUUGUAUUCUUGUGAUUUUUAUAGGUGAUUUUAUUUUUGUUUUUUUUUUAAUGAAUCAGAGUAUUAAUAGGAAGCAUGAUGCUAGGAAAUCUAGAAAGCAGUAGAAACUCUUGUUAUCCCAAUCUCUUCAACAGCAAAGCCAAACAGGGUCGCAGUAGCUGAUCCCAUCCAGGCCAGAUGCCUGUUCUAAGCAACCAGCUUCAGUCUGAAGCUCAGGCUCACUGAAGGGCAUCUGGGAUGCAGCUCAGAGAGUGUUGGGUGGGCUUUAGGUAAACGGAUUCAGACACCAGGAUGUAGUGGCAACACUGCCAGGGCCACCCGCUCUGAGAAGGUGAUGUUCACUGAUGAACCUGCUCUGAAAGCACUCCUCAGUUCUCUCACUGCCCUACCUCUCUUGUUUCUAGGUGAGAUUAUUUAUUUACAUGUGAUUCCUCUUAUUUAUCAGGUAAGCAUGGUGGCCACUAAGGCCUAACUCUUGGAGAGUUACCCAGAGAGAAUGAUCAACCCAGGAAAGGCUAGAUUAGCCCUUUGGGAAGGAAGCCCAUCUUUGGAGAGGAUUUCCAAAUGAUUGGCAGGGAAAGACCUAGGAUGGGGGCUUCACACUGAUUCGAUCAUGACUGAUGAAGCAAGACCAGAACAGACCCCAAACUUUUAAAAUUCAGAUGAAGCAGAACAAUACCGUGAAGAUUACAGGUGGAAGCCCUGGAUUGGGAGACUCAGAAAAGGCAGAGCAAGCCCUUUCAGGAGCCUAAUGUGGGAGAUGGGACUCUGGAGAGUGACACACAUUGAUAGCAGGUAUCUGGACCUGCCAAACUCGCCUUCACCCAGGUAAUUCUCACCUGAGACUCCGCCAUAGUGGCCACGUGCCUCCACAUUGACAUCUUUUCUUUCUAACAGCAACAUACGGGUCUCUUUAGAGGACCAGAGCAUGUCCCAUGCCACAAGAUCUGUUCGUUGUAAGGUGUAGGCAGCCAGGCCUUUGGCUUCAUCAACAUCUGUAGCAUGAGAUAGCAUCAUGUAUCAUUAUAUGCGCACAAAAUAAAAUGGCUGGCCAUACGAAUAAAUGCUUUGGACUUGUCUUCCUUCAUCGUUAGAUGGUGAAAACAUGCAAAACACCUGACCCCAUCCUUCACAUCUCCUUAGGCUUCCUACUCCCUCCACUGCCAGAGGGUUAUUUCUCAAGGAUCAUUUCAUUCCAUCUU